AUGCUGUGGGCAGCCCUCAGCCCAUCCUCGGGCACAGCUUACUCUGAGGCCUGUGCAAAUGCUGGGCAGAUGCCGUCCCUGCUCCCUGUUGGCUGCGUGGCCCUGGGAAGUGGAAACAGAGGCCCUAGAGCGCAGACGUUCGCCCAGCUGGGGCCGGGGUCACACAGCGACUCCGCCUCCGAGUCCGCCCGGAAGCCGGGCGUCCCUAGCUCCCAGGAUCUCUUGGGACCGCGAAGACAGGCCGGGAGGCCGGAGGCGGGGCACAACGUGACCCCGCCCCCCAGGGCGGGGCGAUUGCUGCCGUUCCAGUUCUGCGACGAGCGGCCCUCCCCCUAA